CCGAAACACUUCUUUUUCGAACCAAAAUCCUUUUCUCACUCUUCGAACUCACAAAAAACAAACAGAGAAAGAGAGUUUCUGUGCAGAUGAUGAGUCAGUGGAAGAAGAUGUUGUUAGCAAUGGAGAGCGGUCGUUGCUUCCCAAAGUAUUUGAUGGGUGUUUAUAUCGCUCUUGGCUGUGUCGAUGUUGCUAUCGCUGCUGUUGCAAUCUUUCAGUUGAUCAGGAUUCACAGGCAGAAUCAACAACUAGGCUGGACACGCCAAAAAGUAUUCCAUCUCAUGAUUGGCAUUUCCAACAUAGAGUACUGCGUAUACUUCAUAUCAGCAAUUGUUUCUACUUGUAAGGGAUGGUUUUUCUGGUCACAUGCUUGCGCAUUUGUUCUGAUGACAUGUCCCAGCAUUCUCUUCCUAGCAGCAUUUCUGCUACUUUUGUCAUUCUGGGUUGACCUUUGCCAUCAGGCAAAUGAUGAAGAUGAGGAGGAUGAAGACAAUAGUUUUCGAGAUUCCUUAUUGGAAAAGACACAGGUUAAACCAGGUUCAUCCAACAGAGAUAGUCACCGAAAAUGCUGUCCUUUCCAUGCCAUUCAUGUUGGAAGCCGGCAAAAAUUUGUGAUUUUGGUGAUUGUGCUAGUGUUUUUAUUUAUGAUGGCAUUUGCAGUGCUAAUUUGGAUCGGUUGGGGAAAAAAUCCUAUUGAUGCUUCUGCUGUGGCUCGUGUAUACAUAGAUUUCUUUUCCGUUGCAAUGCUUUUACUUGGAGGAGCUCUGGCUUGCUAUGGCCUGGUACUGUUCUUGAAAAUGAGCAAAGUACGAUCUGACAAAGCUUCAUCGGAGAUGUGGAAGGUUGCUGGUCUGGCGGUUGUCUCUGUUGUAUGUUUCACAUCCAGUGCUCUAGUGGCUCUUUUAAGUGAUAUUCCUUUGCUUUAUUACUGGCAUCAGGAAUCAAUCAAGGGUGUUAAAACUCCAGUUCUAAUAAUUCUAUAUUAUUGCAUCGGUUCAUCAGUACCCUCAGCUUUUGUAUUAUGGGUCAUGAGAGAAAUGCCACCCCCCCAGAAUAGACAAGCCCAGUCCAGAAUAGUGACUUUCAUCAGAGAUCGACCAGCAACCAUGCAUCAUCCCCAACACUGGACUACAGCCAGAAGCUCACAGAAUCAGGCUUCAAGAGCUAGCCCCAUAUAGGGAAUCACAUGAAGAUGCAAUUCUCAGCGUGUCUUGUUUGUGUGAAAGUCAUGGAGACAUGGAUAAAUUCAGGGCCACCGUUGCUACAAGGGGUUGGUAUUCAACCAUGAGACCGAAGGCUAUUGAAGCUGUUAGCAUCAUCUUGAUGGGACCAUCAAAUCGCAGCCCUAAGGUUGUAGUUUGCCAUGGUUUUGGUACUCUACACAUGUGAAUAGCAGCAGAUGUGUUUCUCUUAACCAGCUUAACAUCUUUUUUUUUUUUUUUAAAUUGUUUUUGUAAAAAAAUAAUGUUUGAAUGCAAGUAGGUUAUGCCCAUGUUUUGUGUUG